GCAGGUUGUAGACGCGUCGUCCCUUCCGCCGGCUGGUUGUCAGGGUUGCGCGAGCCGGGGAGCGCGGGGGCUGCCAACGGCCCGGCGCCGGCUGCCGCUGGGCGGACGAUGGGGCUGAGCGAGCGGGAGCGGGCCGGGUGCCGGGCCCUGCUGGAGCAGAUGGCGACGGACGAGCUGAUGGCGCUGACGGACACGAUCACCAACCGCCUGGUGCUGCCGCAGAGCCGGCAAGAAGCCAUUCAUGCAAUUAUAGUUUACAGUCAAAGUGUAGAAGAACUCUUGAAACGAAGAAAAGUCUAUCGAGAAAUAAUUUUUAAAUACCUGGCAAAUGAAGGAGUUGUGGUGCCACCUUGUUCUGAAAAACACCAGCUCAUUCAUCAUGCAAAGCAAUACUGGAGUGGGCAGCUGACAGAUCGUGUUGCAGAGACAGAGGAUAUUAAUCCGAAUAAACAGAGCUAUGAACAGAGACCAAAACAACAGGAAGAGAAUGAUUGGAACAGACUAGGAAGAGAAUUCUGUCAGUGGUUCUUUGAACUUCUCAACUCUCAGCAUCCUUUGGGGAGACAAUCCAAAGAACAGUGGGGACCACAGCAUUUCUGGGAGGAUGUCAAACUGAAAUUUUGUUACAACACGUUAGAAAAAAACAUGGAAGAAUACGUUGGUGCAGAAUUGGUGAGCCUCCGUUUACUCUCAUUGGUGAAAGAGGAGUAUCUCUUACUGAACCCCAACUUGGGUGCUGGUGGACUGAAGUGUGUAAUUUCUCCACAUGGAUUAGUAGUGGUGGCGGUAGCUGGCACAGUACAUAGAGGCAACAUUUGCUUGGGCAUCUUUGAACAAAUCUUUGGACUCAUCCGCUGUCCAGUUAGCGAGAAUACCUGGAAAAUAAAAUUAGUGAACCUUAAAAUAGUUGGAGAAAAUGCUCUGGAGCCUGGGACACAAGUGCAAAAGCCUUCCAUAAAAUAUGAAUCGAAUGAACUGCGAGAGCUAUAUGAUGGGAAAGAACUGAGCUUGGUUGAACCUCGAAUUCUGAGCAAUGUGCGUACAGAAUUGGAAUAACAAUUGUUUGAAGAACAAUACAGCAGUUGUAGUGAAUUCUUGAAUGUUUAAAUGACUUCAGACUUGU